UAAAAUUAAAAUAUUUCCUACAAUUAUAUGUAAAAUGGCGGAUCAGUGGCGAUUAACAACGUCGGACUUUUUGACUCAGUUAGCUACGUUGGCCUUUUUAAACGGAGGGGAAGAAGGAAAAAAUCUUUACAACAGCUAUCUUGUCGGGCGUACGGGAUACGAAUUAUAUCAAAGAUUAAAAGAAAAGUCUGUUCCGAAUGAAGCUGAAAUUCUUAGGCAACAAACAAUUUCAAGUAUUGCAGAGUAUGUAAAGAAGAAUCCUCGAGCAUCAGAAGGUCAAUUGAAGAGUGAAUUAAACAGACAAAUCACAUCAUUUGCCAAAAAUGUUGCUGCCUUAGAGAAAUAUAAAUGAUUCUUACACUUACUUAUCUACUACAUUAAUUAAUUCAUUUGUGCUGCUGUGUAUUAUUGUUUAUUUAUCAACAUUAAUAACUACAUUCAUUUUGAAGUUUUUGGAAAUGUAUUGCGUUGUGAAUUUUAAUUAGCCAGUAAAUUGCACUCAAAAUAGUCAGCACUGUAAUGAUGACAAAGGUUCUAUUACAGUAUGGUCGAAGAAUCUCUUUAGAAAUGACAUCAAUGCCUUUAUACUAAUGUAAGAGAUUUUUUGUAGAGUAAUUGAUAUAUUUCACUCAUGAAAAUACAUAUAAUUAUGAUAAACACACAAUGUUUUUGAUCACUUAUUUAAUAUCAUAUUGUUUAGCUAAAUUCUUUAUAAAUAAAUCUUAUCUCCAAAGUUUGAA